GGCGGCGGCGGCGGCGGCGGAUGUUUACGGCGGCCGAGGUCGGAGCGGCGCUGCUCGGCCGCGGACACACGAGGGACGCGCCCGAGGAGCUGCAGGUCGCAGCCCAGGCGGUCCGAACCCGUCGGCCGGCCGAGCCUGGAGGUAGAGCCGCCGCCGCCGCCGCCCCUCGGCCCGGCCUGCGGCGAGCGGGUGGUGUGUCCCCUCGGCCCCUUCCCUCCUCCUCCCCCACCCCCGGCACCCCUGCGCCCGGGGCGCUCCUCUGGGGGCCUCGCCCCUCCCCACCUCGGGCACCCUCACCUCCCCCCAGCGGCCUCCAGGGCGCCCCGCGUUUCUCUCUCCGAGCGCUCGCGGUUUCCCGUCGGUCUCUCCCGGUGCCCGUUGCUCACUCACACUCUUGGGUCUGGUUAGUCCAGACCUGCAGCUUGUCCUUGAUUUCCCAAGUGGGAAACGUUUGCAAUUCCAAGGCAAGCCAAGAGCUAAGGUUUAGAACAAAGUCUGCCUUGGACCCUUUCAGAAGAUGACAGGAUUUUUUAAAAAAUAGUUGCGCCGCCCCCCCCCCCCCGCCCCCGCACCGUGCCUUGGAGAUAGUAAGAAUUGGAGCAGAGCACUGGGACUUCAGUUCACGCAUGGAAAGAGAUCUUUGUUAGUUGGAGGAAGGAGAACUUGCCUGAGCUUCGUGCCUUUGUUUUGUUUUUGUGAGAGGGAUGUGUCUCCUAAAUGAAUGUUUGCUCCAGCGUUGCACCUCAAAUAAGUCAUCUAGAUAUCCACGCUCUCUUUAUCCACCCCCUCUUGACUCGUGUGACUAGAAUAGUUUAAUUUUUCUUCUCAAGGGAAUGGCUAAACAGCUCCGAUCUGGGCGUUUGAUAGAGUGUCAUUCAAGAAUGAGUGAAGUUGAGGUGCCUAUAAGCAACUCAGAAAUUGUUGUGGCCAUGCUUGGGGGAAAUAGAGCCCUCCACUCAGGUGAUGAGAGGAGACCUCAGAGGUGACCGAUCCAGGGCCUUUCUCCCUGCCCCACCCCAGCUCGUACCUCCAGUGAAACUUGGCUGGGCUUAUCAAGAGCUCCUUUCAUUCACUGCAACUUCAUUUGUUAGAAAGCUUCUCUGUGUAUUUAGUAGGCAUUGUCUCCAACAUGUACCACUGGUCUGGCUUUUGUUAGGCCGUUAAUAGUGUACAUGUGACAACUUUUCAAGUACAGGUGCUCCUCGACUUACGGUGGGGUCGCAUCCAGUAAACACAUCGUUAACCCUGAAGUCGAACCAUCCGAAGUCGGAGACCAUCUGUAUUUGAAAAAAGUCCCUUUGCAUUCCUUGUCAGAGUUCUGGUUUUCAAGGGGAGAAAUCUGUUUGUGUGUUUGUUUGAUCAUUCUGCCCAAAGGAGAUGUGGCUUUGGGUCCUUUUCCCCACUCAUCUUCCACAAUGAAUUACUUUGUCCAUAUUACCGUUAAGAAGUGACAUCCAGGUUGGAAUGUGAUCUUCCGUAUGUAGCCUCCCAAAACCCCAUUACCAUAGCUUCAUGCUUGUGUUGAUACAGCCACAAUCACAGCCUCCUCAGGUGUCAGUUCUGAGACCUUCCCAUGCCUGUCGCCACUCAGCAAGUGUUCUUCAUGUUCCCUGGCAGUUGGCAUUGUAAGGAGCAGCCAGGUUGUCAUGGACUGUUGCUAGUUACCACAGAGUAGUGAAUUAUAUUAAGGAUUAAUUACAGCAGACAAUGUGCACAGUAUCGAGUGCAGCAUUCUAAAAAUGAUUCUUCACUUCUACUUUGAAAAAUUGGAUUUGACUGGAUUGUAGAAUCCAGGUGAAAGUGAUAGGGUUUGGUUUGGUGAAGAGCUUAGUUGUCGGUGUUUUUGGUGACAUCAUGACUGAUCACAUCGAUGGUUUCCAGUGUGAGGGAGUGUUAGAUUGCCAGACAAAGAUGGUAAUAAAUAUCAGACCCCACAACUAUUCACAUGGAUCCUACCAAUGGCAAUAGGUAUAGAUGGGGUUACCCCCUCGUCCAAAGAUUACCAGUGUGUUGUGUGGUAAAGAACGUUGCUGUCUUGAGUAUUUUUAAAAGCUGCACUGGUGUGGUAUUAAAAACACAGGCCUUUUGCCAUACAGUCCUGGGUUUGAAUGCAGCCCCCUUCCUCACAAACUGGCUAUGCGAUGAUGAACAAAUUAACCGGCCAGCUCCAAUUUGCUUCUUAAUGUUGUGAAGUGUAAUGAGGCCAGGACUGGCAGGUGGUACCUGGAAAAAGGUGCUUGUUUUUACUAAAAAGCUGUCUGAACUUUCACAUUAAGGCAGAGUUCAAAAUAAGUGAUAGUUAGUGGAAAAUGAAACCUAUCCAACAUACAGUUUGAGGUUACCUUCUAAAGAUGUGGCUUUGAGACAGAAUGUUGGAACAUUGUAUACAGGCUUCCGGGUGAAGAAGUGGCUUUGACUGAGGAGGGUAUGCGAUUUCCAGCUCUUUUCCUAAAUAGACCCUUAAGCAUCCAAACACAUGAUUCCGCUUUUAACCACUGACCCAAAUUUUAACAUGACUGUGCUAGGCUAGGGUGCAGCCUCAGAACUAAGUGGCUUAUCCAGGAUUAAAGUUGACCUCAUUAGGACUUAAUUCCAUCUAAGUCAGCUGGCUAUGGACCAUAAUCUAACAAGGGCUCCGAAAUAAUUCAAAAAAUUCAAAAAGGGUGUGAAAAUUUAAUGACUGGACCAUCCUGUUGAUUUGCAAACCUAAUAUUCAGCUCUAAAAUCUUGAGUGUGAAGAUUGAGUAUUGCACCCUAAAAAUAGAAGAGAAUUUGUGUUAAGCUGAACCCUUCACACUUUUUGUUCACUUGUAAGAAACUAUGUGAUUAUUUUCAUUCCUGGGAAAACCUCCCACCACUGUCUCCAGUUGUGUACGUGGGUGUGUAUGAAAUUCGCCCCCGGCCCCUUGCCACCCCACAGUAUUUCUUUACGAUCCUCAUUCUGCUGUUAGAAAUCCAGAGGAAUGUGAAGAGGAAAGCAAGUAUAAACUUACUCAUGAUUAUAACAGGUUGUUAAAAAGGUUGUGUUCAUUUCAGAAAAUGUCUUCAUGAGGUCUGGUGGUCUUUUUCCGUGACAAUUUGUAUCUGGUGUUUUGUAAAGCAUUACCAUUUUAUGUGAAGUUAAAGCAGUUACUUUGAAAAAGUUACAUGCGGUAAGUAUAAAAUUGGAAAGGAUAUUUUUGUAGGUUUAAGAAGGGUAAGACUUCUCCACAUGAAAAAGUGUUUUCUUGUGAAUUAGAUGAAGCUAUGCUGUAUUUUAAUAGUUAGGCUCAGAGGUGACACAUGCUGCGCUUUUUCUUCUUGAAGGCAGCUUGGGAGAAGGUAAGACAAAGUAGUUGUUAUUUUUAAAGAUCUGGGAAAGCUGCGUAUCAUGCAAUUGAGAAGAGGCUGUAGGAAGUUCUGGUAGCAGCCCCUCCUACACUUAAACUUUAGCCAGGAAGCUGAUUUUGCAUUUGUUAGAAGAAGGUAUUUGUCACAAUACGUUCAGUUUGCGAAGAGUGUUUUCUUGCUGUUUUUGUCUAAAAUUUGAACAUUAAAAUAUCCAAAUCAACAGGUCAAAUGGAUUGCUUGACUUGGGUGGGUACUUUUGUGUCUGUUGGGGAUAUAGAAUUCCCAGAUGUAAUAUAGGACACCACCUAAAUUUUUUUUCUUUUUUCUUUUCUUUUCUUUUUUUUUUUUUUGAGACAAGAGUCUUGCUGUGUUCCCCAAGCUGGAGUGCAGUGGCACGAGUUCUGCUCACUGCAACCUCUGCCUCCCGGGUUCAAGCGAUUUUCCUCCCUCAGCCUCAUGAGUAGCUGGGAUUACAGGCAUCCACCAGCAUGCCUGGCUAAUUUAUGUAUUUUCAGUAGUGAUGGGGUUUCACCAUGUGGGCCGGGCUGUUCUGGAACUCCUGACCUCAGGUGAUCCACCCGCCUCGGCCUCCCAAAGUGCUGGGAUUACAGUCAUGAGCCACCGCACCCGGCCUAAAUUUGAAUUUCAAAUAAACAUCAAAUAAUUUUUAGUAUUGUUGUUUACCUUAAUUUCCAAUUGAAUUGGGAUUUUUUUCUCUUCUAAAUCUGGCAUCUCUGGGUGGGGCAGGGGAUGAGGUGGGUGUUGACAAAAGAUUAUUAUUUUCAGAAUUCAGAAUUUCAAAUUGGUAUCUGUUUAGAACUUUGAUUGUUCUGCUCUUACCUUUAACGUAAACCACUCUUUGUAAAAAUUUUUAGUUGUAGUAUUGCCUAAGUGUGAUCUUGAACAUGGGCGGUGCCGUGAGUGCUGGCGAAGACAAUGACGAGCUGAUAGAUAACCUGAAAGAGGCGCAGUAUAUCCGCACGGAGCUGGUAGAGCAGGCUUUCAGAGCCAUCGAUCGCGCAGACUAUUACCUCGAAGAAUUUAAAGAAAAUGCAUAUAAAGACUUGGCAUGGAAGCAUGGAAACAUUCACCUCUCAGCCCCGUGCAUCUACUCGGAGGUGAUGGAAGCUCUGGAUCUGCAGCCUGGACUCUCAUUUCUGAACCUGGGCAGUGGCACUGGGUAUCUCAGCUCCAUGGUGGGCCUCAUUCUAGGUCCUUUUGGUGUGAACCAUGGGGUGGAACUUCACUCAGAUGUGAUAGAGUAUGCAAAGCAGAAACUGGACUUCUUCAUCAGAACAAGUGAUAGUUUUGACAAGUUUGACUUCUGUGAACCCUCCUUUGUUACUGGGAAUUGCCUGGAGAUUUCUCCGGAUUGUUCUCAGUAUGAUCGUGUAUACUGUGGGGCUGGUGUGCAGAAAGAACAUGAAGAGUACAUGAAGAAUCUUCUCAAAGUGGGAGGGAUCCUUGUCAUGCCAUUGGAAGAGAAGCCCUGCCAUUCAGAGUCAGGAAAAUCAAGACUUGUCCAGUUACCACCAGUGGCAGUUCGCAGCCUCCAGGACUUGGCUCGCAUUGCCAUCCGGGGCACCAUUAAAAAGAUUAUUCAUCAGGAAACUGUGAGCAAAAACGGAAACGGACUAAAGAACACCCCCAGGUUUAAACGAAGGAGAGUUCGCCGCCGUCGAAUGGAAACGAUUGUCUUUUUGGACAAAGAAGUCUUUGCCAGUCGGAUUUCCAACCCCUCAGAUGACAACAGCUGUGAAGACUUGGAAGAGGAACGGAGGGAAGAAGAAGAGAAGACCCUGCCUGAAACAAAGCCAGACCCCCCGGUGAACUUCCUACGCCAGAAGGUUCUGAACCUCCCUCUGCCAGAUCCCCUGAAAUACUACUUGCUUUAUUACAGAGAAAAAUAAGUCUCCUGUUUGAAAGGGGGAAAUGAGGAAGAGCAGAUGGCUGAGUCUGAAGUUCGUGCUGCCUAUGUGCUGUUGAAGGGUCACCUGGAGGCAGACGUUGUGGGGAAGGGAACUGCUGGGCUCAUCCACACCGUGGUUUUCUUCUUCUAGUUCCUGAUUGACCUCUAAAAUUCUAUUCAGUUGUAUGAUUUCUUUACAUAAUUCCACAAGACUUUCAUUGCAUAGAAGAUUGUUUUCCCAAGGCGGAGAGAAUCUUCAUAGAGAAAAAGAGAAGGCUGUUUCUUUUUCGGUCUGACGAAACACUAAAGUGUGUGUAAGAGAGACUGUUUGAUGACCGUCCCUCAUACGACAUGCACGUUACUAAAAAUGAAAACUGAAGUGAAACUAGCCUGUGUUGCUUAUAAAGUGUGAAAGCACAAGCUUACAAAUGUAUAAAAUCUUUUCUGGGUGUGACGUACCUGUGUCCAAGUUUGAAUUUUUAUGAUAUGUGCCACUUAGUUACUGGCACUGAGUAUCACUGAAUUUCUUAGUUUUCCAGUGGGGAAACAUACUGAGAAGCCCUCCCUUAUUUAAGUAAGUUAAUUAAAUCUUAUGUGAGUUAUCAGUUGUAAUUUUUCAAAGGAAAAAUUUUGAUAGGGUGGAGGAAUGAAUUGCCAGAUAAUCUUUCUGGAAUUCCGGGAGAAUUCCAAAGAGGUUUUUUUUUUUUUUUUUUAUGACAUCUUUUGAUACCUUUAAAAGAAGCACUGUCAAGUAAUCCUUAAAAUAAUGUCCUGGAAAAGGAAGCAAAUUAUUUCCUGCGUGUAAGCAAUAAGUGAACUUACAUUUGCCUAACCCUAGGGAUGAUUCUUUACCCAGUUUUAAAGCCGAUCAUGGUUUUCUAAGGUGAUGACACCUCCAUCCUCGGAGCAGGUAGAAAGUAUCAAAUAGACUGAGGACUCUAGGUAGAAAGGAAAGACACUGGGGACUCUAUGAUGGACAGCCUGUGCUUUUUGACUCAGUUUGCUAUUUUUCUGUGAUCACAUUAGAGUACUGAUUCAUAGAUUCUAUCUUUUAUAAUUCUGGAGAAAAAGAGAUUUGUUAGUUUUGUAAUUUUUUUGUAAGAGCAAAUGUAUGUAUUUUAGUAGCUCCAUUGCAUGAGAACAGUGUAACUCACACUGACUUGUGAUAUCAGCCUUCUCUAGGCCUUGUGUGUGGAGAGCUUUCUGUCUUACCAAGUGGUAGGGCUAAAAGAACAGCAGCCUUUUUGGUAGUCACAUAGCAGAAUGAUCAGAGUUACAUUGCUUAUUCCAAAAAUUGGUUCUUUUUAAAACAUUUUUUUUUUACCCAAAGAAAAGAAUAAUAUAAAUUACUAACAAUAAACAUAAAUUCAGAGUGUUGAUGUAGGAUUCAGUAUCCAGAGUUUAUUUUUAAUCUUAAUGCUCAGCUUCUUGGGAGUUGCUGGGCUUCAGUGUCUCUGUGGUUUUGCCAGCUUAGCUUGAGCUCUGGUGAUUUUGGAUCUUUUCUGCUUUUUUAAGUAACUGAGUCAUUUUUACCACACAGCCCAGUUUGCAUGUAUAGCUAGGAAACAUGUAUUGUUCUAGAUUGGACAGUUUAAGUCAUUUUAAAGAAAGUUCAUAGUUGUUGCCUUUUAACUCAUACUCAAGCUUCAUUCUGUCAAAGAGAAAUUUGUGAUUUUCAUUUACUUGCUAAUAUUUUGUAAUUUGGAGAUCCUUGUGGGCAUUAUUCUAACUUAAUAUGUAGACACUUGGAAAUUUUUGGACAUAAUAUUAAAUGAGUGGCAUCUGUGAAAUUGGUUGUAUUAGGUGGCGUGACUAAUUUUUUUCUAUAAUUGUAUAUGGACUGCAUUUUAAAAAAAAACGCAUUUGCCUUUAUGCUAGAUUGCAAAAAAUUAUAUUAGAAUGCAUAAGACAUGUUUUCCCCUCAUAUGCUAGACUUUUCCUAGCAUUUUGUAUUUCUGUGUUGUCAGUGUGUGAUUUUUAAACCAGAAUUUGGUUUAAAAAAAUAUGGUGGUAAUAUAUGUGAGAAGUAGUUUGGUGCUUACCUUAUGAAAAUAAAGGAUUGUAAGUAAGGUUUCCUGCACACCUUAUACCAGAAUUCAGUAUAAUACACUACUUUCUGUUUGCAAACAGAUAAAUCAUAAUAUAGUCUGUAUUGUCUGUAAGAGCUAUCCUGUAAACCACAUUCUUGACAACUAUUUACUUUUGAGUAGUUUGUAUUUUAAUAUGUGACUUUUGUCUUGAAAAGUAGUAAAGCCAUAGACUUGUGCAAAACAAAUUUCAAGUUUAUAGAUAUUAAGUUUGUAAUGUAAGAAUCAAAUGUGUAUGUAAAAAUACUUUUUACCAGUCUGGAACUUGGGAAAAUCCAGGGAAUUUGAAACAUAGAUUUUAAUGAGCUGGUAAACACAAAUCAUGUCAAUAAAGGUAGUCAGGAUAUUUUAUCCUUA